AUGAUUUUGGAAACAAAAUCAGGUCAACUUUUCAAGAAAGCGGCAGAAGAAAUAGAAAACUAGUACGAUUUGUUAUGUGAUAUUAAGAAUACAUCUUAUAGAGAGAAACAUGAAAGGCCUAUAUUGCAUAGUAAAUCAUUAAUAUGUGGAUAAAGAGAAAUAGAGAAUAAUGACUAAUUAAUACAAGAAAACUUAAAUGUUAUUCAACAAGGUUUGAUUAAAGAACCAUAACUGCCAAUAAUUAAUGCAUAUGAAGAUCUAAAAAAAGUAAAGGAGUAAGUCAACUCUAUGAAUAACAAUUUGGAACCAGAAACUUUCGAAGUAGAUGAGUGGGUUUAUUAGGGAGAUUUUGAGAAACUAAAGCUUGAUGCAUUAAGCUUGGAUGAUUUAAGAUUUUUGGUCUAAGAAUUUGAGAAGGAGGAAUAUGAAAGAAAUUAUUUGUAAAUGGAUAAAACUUUAUUAAAGAAUAAGUUUUUUUAAAGAUUUGGCUAAGGAAUCAGAAUUGGAAUUAUGGAAAAAGCUUCUAUUGAAAUUCAAGAUGCCGGAAAAGUCAUUCUACAAUUAGGAGCUUGCAGCAAUAACCUUUUUGUUAUUCUUAGAGGUUCAUGUUAAUAGACAUUGACGAUGGAUAUACAACUGGAAGAAUAUGAAUAUUUAACAGUCUAAUCUUAUAACGAUGGGUAAGAUUUAUCAGAAAUCAAUUUAUUGCAAUUAAACAAUAACAGAGGAUAUUCUUCAAAUAAAUUUAUAGAUAUGGUGGAGGAAAUCAAAGAUCAUCCUAAAUUUAAAGAUAUUGUAAAAAAUGAAAGAACUAAAUUGAUUACUAGCCACAUUUCUUGCUCAUCGAAAACUUAUCUAUUGCGAAUGGACAAUGACCAAUUCUAAAAGAUUUUAAAGCAAUCGAUAGAAAAAGAUAAAGAGUUCAAAUUGAGCAUUCUAUCAUAAAUCAGAUUCUUUUAACAUACUUCUGCUUCUCAAUUAUUACAUUUAGUGGCAGAAUUAGGAAUUCAAAAUUAUUUUUAGGGAGAUAGUGUUGUGAGAAAGGGAGAUCAAUUAAACAGAGUGAUAAUAAUUGCUUAAGGUGAAUUUGAAAUUGUAGAAGAAAUUGAACUAUAGAGAGAAACAAGAAACUAUUAUUUGGAGAAAAAAUUAAAACCCUUUGUCCAUAAAAAACCCAUAGAUAGAAAUACUAGGCCAUUCAUUCCUAGGGACUAAGCUGAUUAAACUUUUGAUCAAUAUUUAAAUUAAUCUUUUGAUUAAUCUAUUGCUAAACCAAAAGAUAAAUCAAAAGAUUAACCAUAAGACUAAGCAAAAGAAUAACCAUAAGAUUAAUCAAUAGAUUAAUCAAAAGAUAAACCAAAAGAUUAAUCAAAAGAUAAAACAAAAGAUUAAACAAAAGAUUCAAGAAAUUCAAAAUGCUACUAAUAUUGUAAUAAGUAAAUUAUAGGCAAGAACGAAAUUGCUUAUACUCAUUUGCAUGUUUUGAAAACUUUGAAGAAAUGUGAUGUGAUUUGUGGUAGAUCAUUAUUAAUCUUAUAUGAUAAUGAGUAUGACUAAAAAUAGGCAAGCAGUGCAAAACUAACUGUAGUUGUCAAGAGUGUAUAGGGUAGUGUCUUCUUUUUGGAUGAAAAAAGAUACUAAAAUCUCCCAGAAAGCUUAUAAAACCAAAUUUUAGCAGGAUUAAGGUCUAUAAAAGAAUUUGAUGAUUAUGAGAUAGAUCACAUAAGAAAACAAAUAAAGUCUUGGGAGAAAUACAAGUAGAAUUUAUACUAAUAGUUCGUAUUAGAUAAACGUAAAAAUUCGUUUAAACUAUACUGA